AUGUUUGAUGCAUACUUUCGAAUGACUAGGCCAAGGACGUAUAAAAUGAAUGACGAAUGGAAUUUGUUGGAUGAGAUUUUUGUUUUGUGGAUGGUCAAUAUCGCAAAAAUUGGCAUGAUUACGGAUGUGUUAGCUAAGUUGCAACCAGAUUUUGAUGAGUUGUUGGAGUCAAAAAAUUGGAUCGAAAGACGAGAUGCUUUACAGUCGUUAUUGUCAGAAAUAGAAAAAACACCUCGUCUUGAUCCAAAAGUCGACUAUUUCAACAUAACUCAGCGUUUACGCAAUAUUCUGUCAAAGGAUGCGAAUAUUAACGUAUGCGCUGUGGCAGCAAAAUGUAUUACUGCUAUUGCAAAAGGUCUCCGAACAAAGUUUGCACAAUUUGUCACUCUGUACAUGCCAGUAAUAUUCGAGCGCUUCAAGGAAAAAAGAUCAGUAUUGCGUGAUCCACUAAUCAAUUGUAUCGAUGCAAUAGCACUAACAGUAAAUUUGGACACUUUAGCUGAAGACCUUCCCGGAUAUUUUAACAAACCUAAUCCUCACAUUAAGAUUCAAGGAUGCAAUUUCAUCUACCGCGUAAUGAAAAACUAUAAUCAGAAUUCAUCACCUAAAAAAGUCAUCAAAAGUGUAACACCCGUUUUAGUUAAGUUCACCGCAGAUCCGGAUGCCGAUGUAAGAGAUGCAGCAUGCACUGCACUUGGAUCUAUUAUGCGAAUAACAGGUGAUAAAGUGAUGUAUACAUUCCUGGGUUCAUUGCAAGAAGAUAAAACCAAGAUGAAGAAGAUAUCUGAUGGUCGAGACCAAGCAAUUGCUGAAUAUGAUGAAGUAGCAAGUGUUAAAAACGAGACAGUACCCAAUGGACUUAUUGUGCCAAAUAAUAAUUCCAGUCCUCUCAACGAAGAUGUUGUGACAGGUAUAGAAGCAAAAGCUUCCGAAAUCGAUCUUUGGGAUACGUUAGAUGCCGUAGAUGUUCUUUCCAAAUUGCCGAAUGAUUUUAUGGAAAAAAUAGAAUCAAAAAAAUGGCAAGAACGCAUGGAUGGUUUGCAGUCCUUGUUAGCCCUUUGUCCUAAAAAUACAAAACUAUGUCCCAAGGCCAGUUAUGGAGAAUAUGUAGAUGUGAUUAAAAAGAUUCUUGAAAAGGAUGCAAAUAUCAACGUCUGUGCUUCAGCAGCUCGUUGUUUAACAGUGCUAGCAGCAGGUUUACGAAAAAAAUUUGCACCUUUUGCAACAGUAGUUGCUUCGACAAUAUUUGAGAAAUUUAAAGAAAAAAAACCUGUGUUGAGAGAUCCACUUAUCGACUGCAUUGAUGCUGUUGCUGCUUCGACCACAUUGGAUGCAUUAACUGGUGAUAUUCAAGCAGCUCUCAACAAGCAAAAUCCGCAUAUUAAAAUUCAAACAAGCCUUUUCCUUUAUCGAGAGUUCAAACGCCAUAAUUCGUCUUCGAUUCUCAAGAAAGUUCUAAAAUCACUUUUCCCAGUUAUGACAAAGCAAACUUAUGAUUCAGACCCUGAAGUACGUCAAGCUUCUUUUGCUGCUCUAGGUGCUGCCAUGAAAGCUAUUGGAGAAAAACCGUGCAUGAUUUUGCUUGCCGACAUUGCAGAAGAUAAGACGAAAAUCGAAAAAAUCAGAGGUUUCUAUCAAAAAGCUGUUCAAGAAGCUGGUACAGAUGUUGUUUCAAUUAUGGUGCAGAGCAUGCAUAAAAGCAAUCCUUUAAAGCCCCCAGCACCUGGAGUAGGAAAUUCAAAUCCUGAUGGAAACAUAUCUGUGAAAGAAGUAAAUGAAGAGGAGCGAGUAUCUGAAGAGAUAACCAGACCGAAAGAUGAAUUUCUUGUAAUUAACAAGGACAAAGGAGCCAGAUUAAGAGACGAAAGAAAUCUUCGAAUACUCAAAUGGAACUUUGAUCAACCUGAUGCUGAGCAUGUUGAUCAGCUGAAAACAUUACUAAGCAGUGUUACUCAAGCCUCACUGUUGACACUAUUAUUUAAUAAAGACUUUAAACUUCAGCUAAAAGGGAUUGAUAUUUUACAAUCGUUAGUUACCGAUUGUCCUGAGUCACUAAUCACAAAUAGUGAUUUGAUAUUGAAGUGGAUCUCCUUACGAUUUUUCGAAACAAAUCCAACAGUACUUUUAAAAGUGCUUGAUUUAACGCAAGCAAUAUUUAAUCUUUUGCUACAGCAUAAAGAGCCUUUCUCAGAUCAAGAACUUUGCUCGUUUAUUCCUUAUUUAAUUUUAAAGUUAGGGGAACCAAAAGAUUCCGUUCGCACUCCUGUUCGAACUAUAAUCCAGUUAAUGACCGAAUUAGUUACUCCGCCCAAAAUAUUUCCUCUGAUACUGGAUGGUUUGAAGACUAAAAAUUCAAGACAAAGAAUGGAAUGCUUGCAAGUGUUAGAACAAUUAUUGGAUACAACAGGAAUAAGAGCGACUGCAACACCUUCACAAUCUUUGAAACAAAUCGCUGCAUGCAUCAGUGAUCGGGAUACUAAUGUUCGAAAUGCGGCUAUAAAUGCAAUAGUUGUAGCUUGGAAAGAAGAGGGUGAUCGAGUUUUUCAGCUUAUUGGUAAAAUGAGCGAAAAAAAUAAGACAAUGUUGGAUGAACGGAUCAAAAGAAGUGGUAUGGUGUCCAGAGUCCGAGGUAGAGGAGUGAGAAAUGAUCGAUCUUUAAGUAGAGCAGGCAGAACGACCUAUAGAAGUGCUAGUAUUUCUCGUGAUUCUAGUCCAGCUGAAGACAAAGAAAAGAAUCGUACAUAUAUUUUACCUGAGGAACAUACAGCUGAUAAGAAUGAAGUUGGUGAGACCCGUAAACGAUUCACAUUAAAUUUCGAUAUCUUAAAACUUGACGAUGAUGAAGGAUUGCUGGAGUUUCCAGAGUUAGGUUCGGACAAAUUGGAAAUGUUGCAUCCUAUUGAGCCAGUUGUUUUUCCACGGAAACAUCCUUCAAAAUAUACAAAUCGAGCAGGAUCUGUCAGUUCACUAGCAUCGAUAGAAUCUUUAACGAGCGAUGUUGAUAAAGUUAUUCACAAUAUGGCUUCAAUGUCUCCAACAACAGCAGCGUCAGCUAUCAGUCAACUACAGUUUUUAUUUGGAGAUCCAAAUAAUUUCCGAUAUGUUGCUGAUCGGACAGAUGCAAUUGUACAUGCAAUUGUAACACAGUCAUCGAUCAUACGAAGUCGACAUUUAAAUGAUAUGAGUCGAUUAACUGAACUAAACGAGCUUGUUCGGACAAUUUGUCAUUUUUUAAGUUCUUUACUUAAAGAGAGUACAACAUGCUCAAGAAUGUCAACUGAAUCAUUAAAAAUUCUCAUCCAAGAAUUCCUUUAUCUUUUGAAGGAUGAGCGCAUGAAUCAGCUGAAAGAUAUUCAUUCCAUAAUUCGUUCUCUAAAUUACUUGUCCAUUCGACUGUGUGACAACGCCGAUCUCACCGCUUGUUUCCUUGCUUUAUGUUCGAUGUUAACUUCCGCUUUGCACGAUCCACGAAACCAGACUGUUCCAUUGAUAGUUAAGUGUCUUUAUAAACAAUCUCAAAACUUUGAACGCAAUGUGAAAUUGGAUCUGGAUGCUAUUGUAAAAGCAGUGCAUGCAGUAAUGCAAGAAUUCCAACCGCGUGUUGAAGAAAGUGAAAAUAUCAAAAUUUCAAUGCAUGCAAUACAAUUAUGUAUACAGCGUUUGAUAGCGAAUUCGUCGAUUAUUCAACAUAUUGGAGUCAUUCCUAAUCCUGAAUCGAGUGAAGCUAUUAUUUACAUAAAUAAAUGUAUUCGCAAAUUGGAAAGCAAUCCGAAUGCUUUGGCUUUCUCGGCAUUUGAAGAGCUGCCAGGAGAGGUAAUGUCAUCAAAUUAUGAAGAGUCGAUCCGGAACUUUAUAACGAUGAUUGUUGAGCACCCUGUUGGAAAAGGUUUGCGUCUUCUGCAUACCUUUCUGAAAGUAAAUCCUGAUGGACAAAAAUUUUUGGAGACAGAGCUGAAAAAGUAUUCCCGAACAAAAGAUUUCAUUACUUUUCAUCUGAAAAAGAUGGAUCAUGGGAAUCGCGAAACUCCAGAAGUCACAGAUGAACUAUACAAUGUAAUGGAAUCAAUUCGCGAACAUCGUGAAGCAUUACGUAGUUAUCGCCAAACAGGUUGGUGGACGGGUUAUAAUGUUUCUUCUCCUCCUACGUCGUCUGCAGAAGAAAACAAUAGAACAGUGAGCUCACGUCGUUCAUUUCAAAGACCAUUAACCGAAGGAGCACCAGAAAAUGAUUCAGCCUUAACGCUUAUUUCGAAGCCGAAAUUUACGGCAAGCGACGUUGAACCAUUGAGACAAUUAUUAAAUAUGCGUCGACAGCAGCAGUAG